GUGAGCCUUCUUCCUUUGCUCGACGACCGCAUGACCUACCACCCGACCUGCAGGAUGAUGAUCGACCUCGGAGGGCUAACGCUCACCUCACCGUUCGCGAUCUCCCCUGGCCUGAGGUUGAGGUUGCUGCGCUUGGAUAGGCAGGAUUCACAGAAGAUCAUGGAUAUCAUUAGGGACUGUGCGCCUGGAGCCGUGGAGGGCGUUUUUGACUCUGUCACAGCCCUACGCCCGCAACGACUUUACGGAUACUUGUAUGUCAUCCGAUUCCCAAGCAUCAUAAGGGGGAUGCAGGAAGGCUUUUCGGCUGUCGUGCUCGAUCUAACUCGUGUUGGGGGCCAUUAUUUCGCUACGGUGUUGCCUAGUGCUCUGUCACUGGACCAACUGGAAAGCUUUGUGCGUCCUCUUACGCACUACGCGGAGGAGCCUCUUUUCUUCUUCGUGGGCUUCAAAACUAGGCCCUGGCCGCGCGAGGCCAUUGUUGAUUUCCAUGAUGGUGAUGUAGUCACCGUGGUGCGCGAUGCAUCGACCAUCAUCGCCCGAUAUCGUGCUGAGGCGAUGUUUCUGCCUGGGGCAGAAUGGUGUCCUUUGCACCACUUCUUCGAUUUUGAACGUCAUGAGGCUACAUGUGUGACGUACCAGGAUCGCAGGUAUUGUGUACGCCAGUAUCAUCAUUAUGGUGAGACUCUUGUUGAGCACGUCACUGGCCUGUUGCGCCUUGACUCAAAGCGUAUUGUCCUCUGCUCCUUCCCCAUCUGUGACUUAGAUGUACAGGGAGAGCUGUGCACUUUCCUUGUGGCAGUACAUGACCUUCCGGAGGAUGCACAUGAACCUGGGGCGGCACCACGAGAAGACAUCUUCGUUCUAUGCGACUUCCGCCCGCUCGGCCUCAAGCCAAGAGUCGUGCAUACGCAUGUCCCAUUGCUGCAUAUCCCGAGUGUUGCGUCUGACUUUGGGAUCAUUCUACCAGGGGUAUAUACUUUAGGUACGGUAGGGGGUCGACGCAGAGGAGACCGCCUUCGGGUGGAGCCGAACUCCACUAUCCUGUUCUAUGCUCAGCCGAUCGCGUCCGACAGCUCCUCUUCCUCUGCGGAAGACCCACCCGAGCCUGCCCCUGAUGCCCAGGAAGACCCCACGCUCCCGCCAGGACACAGUUGGAACGCCGGCGAGAGUUCCUCAACCGCCCGACCUGCUGCAUCCUCGCAGCAUAGUCAUGUAUGGGGUGACUCUUGGACGGGCACUUCAGCAUAUGGGGAGACGACGGUUGCUAGGGAAGACCCUGUUGCAUGUGAGGCACCUCCAACAGGCCCUACCGAGGCUGAGUCCCCUCCUGUGAUUGCCAGUGGCAGUGGCUAUCGUAAUCGAGGGCCUCGACUAAGGGUCUCAGCUCCUCCCGAUGUGCCUACUGCUGAUGUUGCUGUCGAAACGGAGGAUGCUAUUGCCGUCCGGGCACUUGUUUACGUCCCCGAUGUAACCCCCGAGCUUCUUCAGGUCACCUUGCCUUUGCCCUGUAGUUUGCAGCAGGCACUGACAUACAUACAGGAGGCUAGGUCUCAGGAUAGCCGCUUCCACUACCCUGUCCUCGCACCGGUUGUCCCUCAGCCCGCGCCUUCUUAUAUCGCAUGCAUCGCCCUUCCGGAGUGGGCCGUGGAGCGGCCAGUUGUGGUGUUUGAUUGUCAGCGCGUGGACUUGACAUUCUUUGCGAGUUUGGCUAGCGAG